AUGUCCCAUCUGCAACCCCCCAAACACGAACUUCCGCGAGAAGAUCUAGCCGAUAGCGAAAAAAACAAAUCCGGACCUGGAACAUACAAUGCCGAUUGCGCCCUCGAAACCCUAGGAUACACUCCAGAGCUCUCCCGCAACCGUUCUACCUGGAAUGUCGUUUUUAUGUGCUUCAUCCUAUCCUCCGUACCUUACGGACUGUCAACCACCUUCACAUACCCCUUGGCGGGUGGAGGUCCUGCUAAUGUCAUUUGGGGUUGGGUGGCCGUGUGCCUGAUCAUUCUCUGCGUAGCUGUAUCGCUAGCCGAGAUCACUUCGGUCUUUCCCACCGCCGGGGGUGUCUACUACCAGACCUUCGUCUUGUCCCCUGUCUGGUGUCGGCGCAUCUUCUCCUGGAUCUGUGGCUGGGCCUACACGACUGGCCAAAUAAUGAUCACACUGUCAGUUAAUUUCUCAACCACACAAUUUUUCGUCGCUAGUCUCAAUGUCUUCGAGAAGUCACCCGGGGUCGGUAUCUGUGACCAUUUUGAGGCUUACCAUGUGUUCUUAAUUUUUCUGGCGAUUACUCUUUUGUGCCAUGCAAUUCCUGCCUUCGGUAACAAAUGGCUCCCCUGGCUAGAGCAAUUCGCCAUCUUUUGGACUAUAGCCGGCGUGAUUGCUAUUGUGGUCUGUACUCUGGUUCUGGCCAAGGAAGGUAGACACUCGGCCGACUGGGUAUUCACACAUUUCGAGCCGCUGAGCGGCUGGCCUACGGGCUGGUCGUUUUGCGUGGGUCUCCUGCAGGCCUCAUGGGCCACCUCAGCCACAGGGAUGAUCGUUUCAAUGUGUGAGGAGGUGCGCGAACCCGCCGUCCAAGUACCCAAGGCUAUGGUCGGAACCAUAGUGAUCAAUUUUAUCGCCGGUUUGACACUGUUGAUUCCUCUCUGUUUUGUCCUGCCGGAUUUGAAUAAACUGAUUGCAUCGGGCCAACCGGUGCCCCUGACCUUGAAAUCUGCCACUGGCAGUUCCGCCGGCGCCUUCUGCUUGCUCGUCCCAUUGCUAGUACUAGGAGUUAUCUGUGGUGUUGGCUGUGCGACAGCCACAAGUCGAUGCACAUGGGCGUUUGCGCGCGACGGCGCAAUCCCUGGAUCCAAAUGGUGGAAGGUUGUCAACAGGCGUCUAGAAAUUCCACUGAAUGCUAUGCUUCUGGGCAUGAUCAUUGAAAUUCUGUUGGGAUUGAUUUAUUUUGGAUCCAGCGCGGCAUUCAGUGCCUUCUCUGGUGUGGGCAUUAUAUUGCUGACUCUGAGCUACGGAUGCCCUGUGGCGGUAUCGCUGAUUCUACGUCGUCGCCAAGAUCUCAAGCACGCUGGUUUCAAUUUCGGUCAUCUGGGUACAUUCUGCAAUAUCGUUACUGUUGGGUGGACCCUACUGGCUAUUCCCUUGUUCUGCAUGCCGACUAACAAAAGUGUCACUGUCAACACUAUGAACUAUGCAGUUGUCGUCUUCAUGGGUAUUGUGCUUAUCUCAGGAGUAUGGUACUGGGUCUGGGGGCAUAAAAACUAUGCUGGUCCACCCACAGAGGGCGUUGAUGCUUAUGCCAAGGAGUCCUAA